AUGGGGAAGAGGCCGCCGCCGGCGCUCCUCGACCCGGCCGCGGGGCUGUCAUCGGCGCCGCCGCUCCCCCACUUCGCCGAGCUCGGCCUCCAAGAUCGCGCCGCCGCGUCGAUCUUGACGGCUUGGGCCGGCGAGUCGUCGUUGGCUCCGACGGAGGUUGCGCCCGACAGCACGGGCCCCGCCCCGCAUUCCCCGCCGCCGGGUUGCCUCGGCCCGCCGCCAGGAGACCUUGGCUCCGCCUCGGCCGCAGGCUGGCCGCCCGCGCCGCCCGGCCACUUCCGCGUCGGGCUACCUGCGCCCGCGCCGGCCGCUCAGCCCCCGGGGCUCGCUGCCGCCCCGCCGCGGCGCUCUGUCAUCCCGGAACAGCUCGCGCCCGCUGCAGCCGCGGCGGGCGCCGCAGAUGGGCCGACCGCGCCCUGGGUCAAGGCGCCCUGCCCAGUUCCUCUUCGCAGCCCGCUGCGAGCGCCCUGGAAGACCCCGCCAGCGAGCUGGCAGCAUUACGGCAAGAGCUUGAGCAGCGCCGUGCUGCCCGCGCAGGUCGGGGAGAGCUGGUCGGCGCGGGGGGCGGGGAAGCGCGGUUGCACCGCGUUUCCGGCGGCGUGCGUCGUGCGUCGAGAGCUUGCCCAGUACGCGGCGUGUGCCGCGCGGCUUCAGGCUGAGCUCCGCGAGGGUGUCUCCGGCUGGCCGCGCAAACUUCGCGAGUCUUUCGGGCCAGAGCCCGGGCCGUUGCCGGGGCUCCCCGGCCUCGCCAUGCAUAGCCCGCCAGAGGCCGCCCGCGUAAGGGCGGAGGCACGCCACGGGCCAGGGCUGGUUCAAAUUCUGUGGGUGCCCGUGGCGAUGCACGUGAUGCGGCGAGCCCGCUUCGUGGAGGCCUUCGAUCCAGCGCAGGGCGUCGCGGCGCUAUCCCCCUACAUCCCGACUGCGCUCAUCGAUGGGGACUCGACGCGCUCCCCUUCGUCAGAUUCUUUCUGCCAGGAGUGGGAGUCACAGGUCCUCGUCGGCAGCGGCGCCAGCCUUGCCAGGUUCGAGUCAGUACCCAUGGUCGGCGCGAAGGGAACCCUGAUCCCCUCGCCAACCGGCCCGGCAAGAUCCCAGAGCGACUCGGCUCCAACGGCGCGGCCGACUCGGGCGGUCGCCCUGGGCCGACGCGGGCGGCGGCGGCCAGCGAGAUGGGGCCAG